AUGGCGCCGCCCCUCCCCGUCGGCGAAGACCGCUGGGUGGACUACGUCGCCGAGCAUAGCCGCCAGGCGAAUGACCUUGAAAAACACGUUCACGUUGUCGAGCUCUUUAAGCUCGCCGUCGAUGCCGAACCCAGCAGUCUCAAAAUCUGGCGCGCCUAUUGCGAUCACUUUUGCCUCUGGCAACAAGGCUAUGAAGCUAUUCAGUACCGCAUCAGCGACAGCCACGAGCUGUGGGAUCGCUGGAUCUCUCUCGAGCGCGGCCUACUCGACCGCACGAGGACAGCUGAGGGUGUUAGACGUAUCACCCACCUCUACUCCGACCGUCUGCAAAUACCCCACGUCACACGCGACCAGACUGCGCAGGACUUUUCCACCUUCCUCUCCACAUAUAACAAAUCCGCCUGGGAGGACACGAUGCAGGCUGUCACGGCCAAGUCUCAAGAAGCCAAGCAACUCGUCGAAGAUCGCGAAAUCUUCGAGUCCAAGCUACGCAAGGCCGCCCGCGACGGUGCCGAUGAGGAGUACAAGACCCUGUUGAAGGAGUAUCUAGACUGGGAGAUUUCGCAGAGCAAGAGGAGCAGCAAGACCAUGGAGACGACGGGCGACCUGUGUCGCGGUCUUUACUCACGCGCUUUGACUGGCGUCUUUGCGUUCGAUGAAUACGUAUGGAUGGAGUACAUUCGGUUCCUCUCAACCUCGGGGACCUUUGCGCAAUCCCCAUACGCCAUGCUAGACGUCAUUCGCCGCGCUGUCGAUCAUUGUCCGUGGUCGGGGGCGCUGUGGUCUCGUUACAUCCUUAGCGCCGAGGAGGCCAGGCUUCCUUUCCAUGACAUUGAACAGAUCAAGCACAAGGCUACGAGCCACCCCGACCUCUACAAGAAUGGGAUGACCGCUCUCCUCGACAUGUACGCUGGCUGGUGUGGCUUCCUGAAGCGCACUGCCAUGGAUCUAAACGCUUCCGACGAGGCCGUCGACAUUGCCGACAUGGGCCUGCAGGCUGCCAUCGAGUUUGUCGACCAAGCCAAGAAUCGCUACGGAGAUGAGUACCGCGGCGAUCCCGCCUUCCGCCUCGAACGCAUUUACAUCCAGUAUCUCACAGAAAAGAAACGUUCGCCAGAUGACGCGAGGACGCAUCGGCACAAGCUUGCGGAAAAGUCGCUCUACGCAGAUAGCUACGACUUUUGGCUCAACUACUAUCUAUGGGAGAUGAUGGUGUUCGCCUCUAAUGGAAAGGACCGCAGCCCAACGCCUUCUACCGCUGCCGUGGGCCUACGGGUCCCUUCUGUAGCCACAGCUGUACUGGGUCGCGCGUUCAAGCGUAAGACGCUGGACUGGUCCGAAAGCUAUAUGGAUGUUUACCUCCAGCACUGCAACGACUAUAAACUUCCCAGCACCGUGAGAGACGCGACCGACAGCGUGACUGAGCUUCGAAAAGAAACCGCCCGACGUCGUGAGCUCGAGGCUGCUCAGGCGGCAGAGCUCUAUGCCGCCCAGCUCCAGCAACAACAGGCAGCGCAUGCGGCAGAGGAAGCGGAUCAGCAGUCACCCUCGGGCUCCCAAGCGGAAGCGCGGAGACGAGCAGGCAGACGAGGAAGAGCUUCUGGGGACCGCGAAAACACAUCUGUCCUUGUCACCAACAUCCCAGCCAGCGUCACGCAGACCAAGAUCCGGCAAUACUUCAAAGACUACGGACACAUCAACAGCUUGCAGACUGUCGCCGACAAGGAUGGCGAGUCACAAGUUGUCGUGAUUGAAUUCAGGUCACCCGAAGAGGCUCAGUCGGCGCUGCUGCGCGAUGGAAAGUACUUUGGCGAGGCUCAGAUUGGAGUCGAGCCCGGCACCGACCUGACCGUCUUUGUCACCAAUUAUCCUCCGACGGCGGGCCCCGAUUACCUACGCAACCUGUUUAAAGACUGUGGCGACAUAAUCAGCGUCCGCAUGCCCAGCCUGAAGGGCAAUGUGCGUAGGCGCUUCAGCUAUGUUACCUUCAGGACGCGGGAGGCCUCGACAAAAGCCACGCAGAAACACGGCAAGCUCUUGGACGGCGAGUAUAAACUUACAGCCAUGUUCUCUGAUCCGUCUCGUGCCAAAAAGCGCGACGGAGCAGUGGACGAGGGUCGCGAGCUUCACGUUACCAAUCUGGAUACAGUUGUCACCGAAGACGAACUCAAAGAGGUCUUCUCCAAGAUCGGCCCCGUUCAACGGGUGAGCAUACCGCGCAACAAGGGAGGCAAAGGUUACGGCACUGCCUAUAUCGAGCUCGCGUCCAAGGAGCAGGCCAACAAGGCCGUCGCGGAAUUAAACAGCACCAAGUUCCGCACUUCGAUCAUGACCGUCGCACUGUCAACACCCGUCAUUUACAAGCGCGCCGCCGCCGUGUCUGGUGAGCGCAACUCGGCCUCACCGGUGCCGAGUCGUGACCAUGGGGGUGACGAGACGAUGGAAGACGCGAACGGCGACUCAUCAAAGUCGCAAGCGCGGGAGGAAGUCGCCGCGCGGAGCAUUGCCCUGCUCGACAUCCCUGAUACGGUAAACGAUGCACGCGUCAAGGAAAUUGUCGGCAAGAUCGCCGGCUUCACAGGUCUUGUUCUGCAGCCGAGCCACGGCGGCGCGAGUGUUGAGUUUGAAGACGCAGCGAGCGCGGGACGCGCCGCGAUGCAGCUAGACGGAUACCUUCUCGACGGCCGAAAACUCCGGACCGGCUCCGUCGACGAGCUUCGGCACGCCAAGGGCGAGAUGCGGACGGACAAGAUUGUCUACGGUGGCGGCGGCGCCAAAAAGGACUUCGCCAAGGCGUCCGCGGGUAGCCGUAAGCCCUCGUUCGCGCCAUCGACCGUCAGACGGCCCGUCCUCGGCAAGGGCGGCGCAAAGCGCGGUCUCGGAUUCGUGGCGAGCAAGGGAGCCGCGCCGAUUAAGGCGAACGGCGCCGCUGUGUCUGCACCGCCGACGGAAAAAGGAGACGCGCCGCCAAAGCCGAUGAAGAGCAACGCUGAGUUUAAAGCCAUGUUCCUGGGCGGAGGCAGCAUCUCCUCGACGACCAAUGGAAAGGAAGAUGAGGACGCCAAGAAGAAAGAGUGA